GAAUGAAAUGGCUUAUCCACACAGUACCAUGUUUGUGUAGCAGGAGACACGUGUACGCCAACAUCUCAGCAUUGUCAUUUCUUCUGCUCUUCUUCAUAAUCCAUAUGCCUUGGAAACUUCCUUCAUUUGUCUGUGUCUUAAUGCAAUCUGAGAGCUGGUGUUCGGCCAUGAGAGGCCAUCUUUUUCCUCUGCACACCUUCUCAUCAAGGUCGUCCUCACUUUUGAGGUCCUUAACAGCAUGCCACAACCAGAGGUACCAUAGCAGUCAAGUUAGCAAGGGAGAGCACAGCAGCCACAUGAAUAUGGAAGAGAGAGCACCUUCAACAGCUGAGGAGUUCAAAAGAGUUGCUGAGGAGAAGCUGAAGAAGACAGAGCAAGGUGUAGCCAGUCAAACUGCUGACAAGACAUGUGAUGUGACAGAGGAGACUACCUUGGGUGACUCUAGCGUUGACUCUGUCAAGAACAGGUACAAGCAACAUGAACCUGGUGCUGCUGAUUACAGAAGGAGGUCACAUGAUGACUGAAUAAUUUUGAUUCCCUAAUCAAUACUUUAGUUUUGAUUUUCUGAGCAAUAAAAGAAAAUCUGGAUAUCAUAAAGAUUAAGAGCCAAGGGAAGCCAGAUUGUGUAAAUUAUAUAUCCAAGAACUCAACUUCAACUUGGUUGAGGAGUGUUAAUAUAAACCUUCAAUCUUUGAGCUCAUUUAUAUGGUAGCAAGCAAUUGCACUUGUGUA